UGUCUCCGUCUUCACACUCAGUGGGAUGAGCGGGUGAAAAAGAAGGGAGGGAGAAAGUGAGAGGAGGAGAAGCAGCCACUCUCUUCAGAGCGCCAGUCCAAGCUCUAAAGGCAGCCAGGCCGAUAUUCUUGGCGUGGAUGCAGCGCUCAUGACAGGAUUAGGAGCCUGGGACACAGGACCAACUGGAGAUCUGCAGGUUCUACUGGAAGAACCCCAGACAGAUUCUCACCCUUUACGGGUUUGACCAGCCUCCUGUGUCCCUUCUCUCCAACCCCCUGGCUGCCUCUUCCUCUAGCCCUCAUCAUGCGCUUCAUCAUCUCCCUCCUGCUCCUGCUGCUCAUCUGCUCUGCUGAAGCCCGGAAAGGCCCCCGGUCCAAGGAUGGGGAGAGGGGCCCAGCGGGCAAACUGAAGGGGAUAGUGCGUGGCAGGGGCAGAGCCGGUGUCAUGAGGCGUCAAACUCAGGAGUGUACGGAAUACACGGAGGCCGGAGAGAAGUACCUGGACUGCCAGGGCAGGCAGCUGACCUCUGUGAUGCAGAAUUGGCCCAGAGAUAUUCAACACCUCAUCCUCUCUAGAAACAAGUUUAAGGUUUUGAGGGACAACAUGUUUGCCCAGUUCAAGAAGCUGAAGAGCUUGGAUCUCCAGCAAAACGCCAUCUUUAUGGUUGAGGAUCACGCCUUCAGCGGCCUCUCCAAGCUCACAACCCUGCUCCUCCAGCAUAACAAUCUGAAAUCUGUCUCUGAGGAGGUCCUGGUCCCCAUGCCACACCUCAUCUACCUCCGUAUCUAUGACAACCCCUGGAGCUGCCAGUGUCCUCUGGACGGUCUGGUCAGGUUCCUGCAGGUGCCUAGCAACCGCAAUCUGGGAAACUACGCCAAGUGUGCAGAGCCGGCUUCUCUGAAAGGCGAGAAGUUGAAAACGCUUAAGGCGGAUGUGCUGUGUGAUGAGGGCACUAAAGCUGUGGAUGAAGAGGAUCCACCAGCGACGCUCCCAUCAAUAAAAAAGAACCCGGAGGCCAUGUCUUUAUGCAGAGUGCAGUACUUUCCGCAGCCUCGGAUGGAUUGCAGCAACAAAAAUAUGAGCUACAUCCCCUCUGAGAUGCCGUCGGAAAUGCACAAGAUCGAUCUGUCCAGGAAUGGCAUCAAACAUCUCAGGCCCAAACAGUUUCUUCUGUCCAAAGACCUCAAGACGCUCAACCUCAGCAGCAACAACCUGCAGCAAAUAGACACAGCUGCUUUUUCAGGCCUGCUGCACCUACACGACCUCGACCUGUCCAACAACAGCCUCAGGUACUUCCAGUACGGCGUGCUGGAGGACCUCUACUUCCUGCGGACCCUCCUCCUUGACAACAACCCAUGGACCUGUGACUACAACAUCCACUACCUGGUCUACUGGCUCAAGCUCCAUCCCGGUGUCUCCUACAGGGGCUUGUUCUGCUCCCAUCCGGCAGAGUUCAGGGGCUGGCGGGUGGAAGAUUACGUCAAGACCUACAACGGGGAAUGUCCCAUCGACAAACAGACAGAGGGCAUCGAUAAUGAAGCGGCAGAGCAUGGAGGGUCCGAAAACGAGGUCCAGGGGGUGAUGGGGGAAAUGGCUGAGGGGCAAGGCAUACUUCUACCACAGCCCAUAAAGAAGAAAGAGCCCAGCCCGUACGAAAUCAUCAGGUUGAGUUAGAAUAGUUGAGGGUUAAAUUCCAUAGGUGAAAAUGCUCAAUAAAAGGUUAAUCUUGGGAUUUUAUGUUUCAGAAAUGUCAAGUUUGAGUGUAUUUUUGCGAUAAGAAUCUGAAAAGCAUGUCCCAACUGAUCUUUCCUGUCUAGAAAGUUAGGUAGGAAUAACUUUAGUUGAAAGUUUUUCUUUUUACUAAAAAUGGCUAUGCUGUUAUAGAAUUCUGCAUAAAGCACAAGAACAUGGCGCUAUUAUUUCUUUUAUUUUACACAAGACUAUUCCCAGUCCUGUCUGUUUACAUAUUUAACUACUUUUAAUUUUAUUUCUUUUCUUCAGAGUGCUAGGAGUUAUGUAGAGGACAUGUUGCUUUUUUUUUAAAUGUACCACAUUUUCAUACUAUAGGGCGCACCGUCAAUCAAUGGUCUAUUUUCAAGGGCCACCAAACUAUAAGGCGGAUUAAGCGAGACAAACUGCGUUCACAGUAACCUUGGUUUGAGUCAGAGUAACAUGCUACACAUUAGCCAUGUUAGCAGCAUUAGCCGUGUUGGCGUAGUCACAAUACCAGUAACUCCCGACCUUGUUUGCAACAAGUAAAAAAAAACAACUGAUACAGCUAAAACAAGCGUUACUGCGAUUCUGCUAAAAAUACAUAGCCCGACACGAUACACGUUAGCUACGUUAGCAUAUUCACAAUAAAACCCUACCUUGUUAGCAACACGUAAAAAAACGCACACCUCUAAAACAAGGGUUACUAUGACUACGCUAACUCCUAAAAUUGUUAGUAACACGUAAAAAAAAAUACAUACCCCGACACGAUACACGUUAGCCACAUUAGCUAAUUCACAAUAACACCCUACCUUGUUAGAACACGUAACAAAACGGGAUGAUACCUCUAAAACAAACUUUUCUGUGACUACGCUAAUUCCCAACCUUUGAUGGUAAUGCAUAAGAAGAAAUAGUCAGACACCGCUGGAUGUUAGCCGCGUAAACAUAUUCACAUAACACCCAACCAAAUAUUUUGACAGAGCGUUCUGUACCUUUCUAAAUCGCUUCAACGUCACUAAGCACAACCAAAAUAAAUCGAUAUAUAAGGUGCUCCGGAUUUCAGGGCACAAUGUUGUUUUUUGAAAAAAAUGAAGGCUUUUCGUGCGCCUCAUAGUGUGGAAACUAGGGUAAUUUAGAUUUGAAAAUCAGGAUAUUCAUCUUUUAGCUUUUAAGUGAUCCUUUGUUCUGGGUUUAUGUUAUUGUAUGAGGUGACCUGCGUGGUUUUGAGAAAAUAAAGUCAAAUUUAUUUU